AUGACAUAUCUCAAUGAAAAACCACAAUUAAAAGUCAGCAUUCAUGGUUAUUAUACAGAAACUUAUACGGAAACGGAAAGUUAUCAAGACUCUGAUGGUAAUUGGCAAACUCGUAGUGUAACGAAGUCUCGGGAUGUAACUGAAUUUGAUUUUUCCAUUGAUCUAUCACCUUAUAUUUGUGAACAAUGGUGGCGUGUUGCUGUUAUUCCAUCGGCAGAGGCAAGAAGAGGUGGUGAAACCGUUACAUUCAGAGAUGCUCUUGAACAAUAUACACUUUCUAACAAGAAAAUCAAAGAAAUAGUAUUGAAAAAGCUAUGUCAUGGCUGGAAUUUAGAAGAGUUGAAGAAAAAACUUAUUGCAUUAGUUCGUUCAACUGGCUAUGAAAAUAGUAUUAAUGUCACUUAUAAUAGAAUCGAUUAUAAGAUUGCUGCUCGUUCAUCUUCAACAUUGAGCCAUUUUGCUAAUUCGACUCUACUUUUCUUAUCGAUUACACUUUUAUUAGGUGUAGUCGUCAUACUCAUACCUACUCUUGUCAUUGUCACAAAACGUUCUAAACAUAAUCAUGAAGACGGGAUAUCUUCAGUAACAACACGAAAUGCCGAUGAUUAUCAGUCAAAUAGUGACUAUUAUCAAUCAUUAACGGAUGUUCAUGACUUUUCUCAAACAGAUAAUCUUCGUUUGGAUCGUCUUUCAUCUCCUCGAUUUCAUCCAAUCAAUGGAAAAAGUAUUAUCUAUUUAAGAAGACAAUAUCAUAUGCCUGAUUUACGUGGAUCAACAACAACUUUACAUUGGCUUGAUUUAGAAACAAACAAAAAUAUUCAAUUAACACAACCUAUUUGGGGAAAACAUGAUAGCCAAUUCUAUUGGAUAAAUUCUAACGCUAUUCUUUUUUUAUCUAAUCGAGCUUCAUCAGGUCUUAAUCAAAUAUUUCAACUUACACUUCCUGAUAACUUACUAGAAACAACUAAUACAUUCAUUGAACCAAUUCAAAUAACAAAUUAUUCAUUGAGUAUUGGUAAUCUUUUAGUAAAUAGACAAGCAACACGUCUUGCAUUUAGUUGUCAAGUUUAUGCAAAUUUAUCAAUUGAAGAAACAUUUGCUCGACAAAUAGCAGAAAAGAAUAGUGGUCGUACAUUUUAUCAAUUUGAUAAAUUAUUUAUUCGACAUUGGGAUGAAUAUAUGACAGGUCUACGUCAUCAUCCAUUUCUUGUUUCAAUCGAAAGACAAUCAAAUGGAAUAUUUAAAUUUUCAUCUGAACCCGUGGAUGUACUUUUUAAUAUAGAUAGUGAUUCACCAACAAAACCUUUUGGUGAUGGUAAAACACAAUGGUCAUUUAGUGCAAAUGGAAAUUCAUUUGCAUAUACUCGUCAAUAUGAUGAAACAAGUGCUGUUGCUUGGACAACUAAUCUUGAUAUUUAUACAAUAGAUUUGAGUAUACCUGGACAAGCGAGUGUAUGUAUUACAUGUGAGAACUUGGCAACUGAUACUGAUCCAUCUUAUUCACCAACAGAUAAUAAUAUUUUGAUUUAUCGAUCACAAUCAAAACCAGGAUAUGAAUCUGACCAAUAUAAAAUAAAGCUCUACAAUGGAUCGAAUACAAAGCAAACACUCCUUGAUAAUUGGGAUCGAAGCAUUCAAGUUGUGACAUGGUCUCCGGAUGGUCAAUCACUUUUUCUUGAACUUCCUGAAGAAGCACGAAAUGUCAUUUAUCAUUUAUCUAACAAUCAACCCCUUAUACGUCUAAUCAGUAAAGGUACAUCGCGUGACAUCAAUGUUCAUCCAAUGAAUAAUCAAGAGUUUAUUUUUACUCAUCAAAGUUUUGUUGAACCAAUCAAUAUUUAUUUCUAUUCAUCGGAUGGAUCAAUGCGAUCUCUUACUGAUCAUAACAAAGCUCUAUUAGCUAAAGUGAGACUGAGUCCAGCAGUUGAAGCAUUUUCAUUUGCAGGUGCUCGAGGUGAUCAAGUUUGGGGAUGGCAUAUGCCACCAUCAAAUGGAACUGGAAAACGAGCUCCCCUCGCAUUUCUUAUCCACGGAGGCCCACAAAGUAGUUGGGAUGAAGCAUGGGGUUUUGGAUGGAAUUUUCAAACAUAUGCUUCACAAGGUUAUGCUGUUAUUGGUAUCAAUUUUCAUGGUUCUGAUUCAUAUGGACAGAAUUUUACAGAUAGUAUUAUAAGUGAAUAUGGUUCAUUACCUUACGAAGAUCUUCAAUUAGGCCUUACUUAUGCACUGAACAAAUAUCCUUAUAUUGAUUCAGAUCGAGCCGUAGCAUUAGGUGCUAGUUACGGUGGAUAUAUGAUCUAUUGGAUAGCUGGACAACCAGAAAUGAGUCGUCGUUUCAAAACUCUCAUUCCCCAUAAUGGAAUAUUUGAUACAAGAUUUAUGGGCUAUUCGACCGAAGAAUUAUUUUUUACUGAACAUGAUGCAGGUGGUUAUACUCCAUGGGAAAAUCCUGAUGCUUAUGAACGUUAUAAUCCAUUGAAUCAUGUUGCAAAUUGGACUCAGCCAAUGCUAAUUAUUCUUGGUGCUCAUGAUUAUCGUGUACCAGAUACACAAGGAAUAGGUGCUUUUAAUGCUUUACAACGUCGUGGUAUCGAAAGUCGAUUAGUUUAUUUUCCAACGGAAAAUCAUUGGAUACUUAAUCCACUUCAUUCACUUGCUUGGUACGAAGAAGUAGAAAGCUGGAUGCGCAAAUGGAUAAAUUAG